AUGUCUUGCAUUGCAUUAGAUUAUAUUCACAGUAAAAAAAUAUUACAUAGAGAUAUCAAAACCAUGAAUAUCUUCCUUACUAAAGACGAUACAUUAAGAAUAGGUGAUUUGGGUGUAGCUAAAACUUUAAAUGAAAAAGGAAAUUUCGCACAUACUAUGGUAGGUACUCCGUUCUAUUUGUCACCCGAAAUGUGUGAGGAAAAACCAUAUAAUGAAAAAUCUGAUAUUUGGAGUCUAGGCUGUGUGCUUUAUGAAUUGUGUAUGUUUAAACAUCCAUUCGAGGCUAGUAAUUAAGGGGCUUUAUUAUCAAAGAAAAGGCUGAGUAACUUAAUUUGGAAAUUGAUAUUAAAAAAAUUUAAGGUCGGUAACAUUUUUAUGAAUAGAAGAGAAAAAAUGAGAAUUGUUCUUUAAUUAUGGAUAAUAAAACCCAUAAAUGAAAAAUAAAUAAAUAUUAAUAAAAAAAAAAGUAAUAAUGAAAAAACAGCUAAUUCUGAAAAAAAUACUUCUUUUUAAGAUAAAAUUAGUUCCGAAUAAAGCUUUUUAAAACAAUAAUCAUCUCAUUCUGAUAAUAAUCCAUAAUAGGAAGAAAAUAAUAUUAAUGAAGAAAAAUAAGAACAUGAAAUAAUUAAUGAAGAAGUAGUUGAAGAUUUUAAAACAUAAUAAGUUCCAAUAACUGAGUAUGAUUUUGAAGAAGAAGAAGAUGAAAAUUAUAGUUAAGAAGAAAGAAACAAUAAUAAAAUGGAAGAAGAUAAUGAUGAAAAUUAACUAAAUGAAGAGGAUGAAGGAGAAGAACAAGUAGAAGAACAAGAAGAACAAGUAGAAGAGGAAGAAGAACAAGAAGAAGAAGUAGAAGAGGAAGAAGUCGAAGUAGAAGAAGUAGAAGAAGUAGAAGAAGUAGAAAAAGUAGAAGGACAAGAAAUAGAAGAAAAACAAGAAGAAGAAGAAGAAAUAAUUUAAGAGGAAUAAGAUGAUGAAGAAGAAGAAACAUAAAUAUCAGAAGUUGAAUUAACUGAAUAGGAUUAAGAAGAAAUAGAUAAUAUAAUUUAAAAAAAUCUGUAAAAUAUAAAAAAUCAAUAAGUAAUAUAUUCAAUAUAUAAAAUUUUACAUUUAGAAGUUGAAAUAGAGAAAAAUAAAGAAAAUAUAAAUAAUUUUUGUUAAGUUUUAUAUAAUAUUUAUUGA